CCACCAACAAUCCUCAGCCACGGGGAUAGUUCUCACAGUCAGUCGACCCCGGGGGACGUUCUUGGCUUGGAAACUGUGCACUAUGCCAUUGCCCGACUUGCUGGCCUCCUUCUUACAUCGAGAUUUGCGCCUUUCCAUAUUUGAUUCGCCCUUGUCGCGCUUCUGAGCAUGCAGUCCCCGCUCUUUUGCAUCUUUCGACAAGGGUUCGUACCGGUCGGGGCGUGUCUUACGACGGGGUUUGCGUCUGUAAGGCUCGCUCGAUACGCUGCUUUCGGAGCGUUUUGUGGGUUGGGAUGCAUCAGUGUGGCAGGCUUCGUCGGCGUCUUCCUCGAUAGAGGGUACUCGUCCCGGAGGUGGCCCCUUCUUGCGCUGCGGCGGGGCCUUGAGCAACGAGCUGUCCGAACUACUCGAUUUUCGUCUGCACUUCUUGUUCGGAACGCGUUCAGGUCCUUCCGAGCAGAUAACAUGAUGCACUUCUCCUUGUCCAGGCGGACUCGGAGGUUGUUGCGGAAGCACUGUCUCGCUCAGCCACUUGUGGAUAUCCAUGUCAAGACUCUAAACAGUGCAGGACGAGCGGCUGACAGAGCGUAUCCGGCCACCGUAGGGAUCUCGAGGGCCCGGUACAGCUCUACGACUGUGUGCUGAGUCUUGCUCUAGUCGAGGUGGUACGGCAUCGCGAGC